AUGGGUGUUAAUGAUAAGUGUUUGUACUUGGGUUUGGUUCUUUUGAGCACGCUUUAUGCUUUGAGUGGCAUUGGUCAUGGGAGUUAUGUGGAUGGUGGCGGUUUUGCUGAUCCCAGUCGGUGGAGGUAUGGUGAUGAUGAUAAUAACUGUGCGUAUAGAAGUUGGAGGGGGUGUGGGAGCUUCGUUGGAGGAGGAGGAGGAGGAGGAGGAGGAGGAGGAAGAGGAGGAGUUGACGGGAGUGGCGAAGGGUUUGGUCAUGGGAGCGGUUUUGGUGCCGGGGGAGGCAUUGGAAGUCUUGGUGGAGGAGGAGGAGGUGGGGGAAAUGGAGGAAGCAGUGGUGGGGGAGGAGGAGGAGGAGGUGGAGAAGGUGGUGGGAGUGGGAGUGGUGCUAACGGUGGACAAGGUCACGGCAGUGGAUAUGGUGCUGGUGGAGGAAUGGGCGGCAUUGGAGGAGGUGGAGGUGGUGGUGGAGGUGGAGGUGAGGGUGGAGGAGGUGGCAGCAAUGGAGGGCAAGGUCAAGGAAGUGGUUUUGGUGCAGGUGCAGGCGGAGGGAUAGGCGGCAUGGGAGGAGGUGCAGGAGGAGGAGGAGGUGGUGGUGGUGAAGGUGGUGGCAAUGGAGGACAAGGUCACGGUAGUGGUUAUGGUGCGGGUGCAGGUUCAGGAGUAACCAGCAUGGGAGGAGGAGGCGGAGGAGGAGGUGGCGGUGGUGGUGGUGAAGGAAGUGACAAUGGAGGGCAAGGUCAUGGUAGUGGUUAUGGUUCGGGUGCGGGUGCAGGAGUAACCAGCAUGGGAGGAGGAGGAGGAGGAGGUGGCGGUGGUGGUGGUGAAGGAAGUGAGAAUGGAGGGCAAGGUCAUGGUAGCGGUUAUGGUGCAGGGGCAGGCAUGGGUGUGAUGGGAGGAGGAAAUGGUGAUGGUGAAGGUGGCGGUUAUGGACUUGGCGGGGGAAAUGGUAAUAAUAACGGUAAUGGGAUGGGAAUGGGUUUUGGAAUGGGGAUGGGGAUGGGUUUUGGUUUUGGCAUUGGAAGCAAUCAAGUACGUGUUACCAAUCAUGGCCCUUAA